CGACGCAAACGGUUAAUGCGUUGUUGGAGAACAGAGAGAGUGAGGGAGAGAUUCAACGCGCACCACUUGCUGUUUUGGAGUAGACUUCACUUGUUCUAGAGCUUUUCAGAAAAUAAUUGGAGGAGCGCAGUGAAAGGAUUGACUUCUCUGUUAGGAUCCGAAUAUUCGAGUGUUCUCCGUAUUUCAAGAAAAGAGACUUUGUCAUGGGGAAGGGAAACAGUAAACUGGCACCAGAAGUUCUGGAUGACCUCACCAAGAGUACAGAGUUCAACGAGGCCGAGCUGAAGCAGUGGUACAAGGGCUUCCUCAAAGACUGUCCCUCGGGCAUCCUCAACCUGGAGGAGUUCCAACAGCUCUAUGUCAAGUUCUUUCCGUACGGUGAUGCGUCUAAGUUCGCGCAGCACGCAUUCCGGACAUUCGAUAAGAACGGAGACGGGACAAUUGACUUUCGGGAGUUCAUCUGCGCUCUCUCCGUCACCUCAAGGGGGAGCUUUGAGCAGAAACUGAACUGGGCCUUCAACAUGUAUGACCUGGAUGGAGACGGCAAGAUCACACGUAUGGAGAUGCUGGAGAUCAUAGAGGCGAUCUAUAAAAUGGUUGGCACUGUGAUAAUGAUGCGUAUGAACGAGGACGGGCUGACUCCGCAGCAACGAGUGGAUAAGAUCUUCUCCCGGAUGGACAAGGACCACAACGACGAAAUUACACUAGAGGAGUUCAAAGAGGCGGCCAAGAGCGAUCCUUCCAUCGUCCUGCUGCUGCAGUGUGAUAUGCAGAAGUGAGGCGGGGCAGUGUGGGGGGUGGGG